UGAGUCUGUGUAAAUAAGAGUCAGUGCUGGAGAUCAGAUUCUGUUUCAUCAUGGAGGACACACAAACAUCCACAGAUCAAGAGUUUUCUCCAGAAUGCAGUUCAGUUCAGCAGGAGAGAUCAGAAGCAGAGUCCAGCUGUGUGUCUGUGAGGAGCGACGCAUCUAUGGGACAUCCAGUACAGUUUAAGAGUGGAGAUACAAACACUGAUCUCAGUUCAGUUAAUCAGAGGAGAUCAGAAGCAGAGUCCAGCUGUGUGUCUGUGAGGAGUGAUGCAUCUGAAAAUCAGUCAUUAGAUUAUAAGAGUGAAGAUACAAAGACUGACCUCAGGCAUGGAGUCCUCAACAGGUUUAGAUCAAAUCUGAUGAAGAAGUUUGAGCGUCUCUAUGAGGGAACAGCGAUGCAGAGAAACCCAACACUCCUGAAUGAGAUCUACACAGAGCUCUACAUCACAGAGAGUGAGAGUGGAGAGAUCACUAAUGAGCAUGAGGAGAGACAGAUUGAGACACAAUCCAGGAGAGAAGCAACCGAGGACACAGCCAUCAAAUGCAGUGACAUCUUUAGACCUUUACCUGGACAAGACAAAGCCAUCAGAACUGUGCUGACAAAGGGAGUCGCUGGCAUUGGAAAAACAGUCUCUGUGCAGAAGUUGAUCCUGGACUGGGCUGAAGGGAAAGAGAAUCAGGACGUCCAGCUCAUAUUUCCACUUCCUUUCAGAGAAAUCAACCUGAUGAAGGACAAAACACUCAGUCUUUCAGAUCUUCUUCAUGUCUUUUUCCCUGAAACUACACAAAUGGAAAUAUCCAGUGAUGAAUAUAAAGUGUUGUUCAUCUUUGAUGGUCUGGAUGAGUGUCGUCUGUCUCUGGACUUUAAGAGCAAAGUGAAAGUGUGUAAUAUAUCUGAAUCAGCCUCAGUGGACGAGCUGCUGAUGAACCUCAUUGUGGGGAAUCUGCUUCCCUCUGCUCUCAUCUGGAUCACCUCCAGACCAGCAGCAGCUGAUCUCGUCCCCUCUGAGUGUGUCCAUCGAGUGACAGAGGUACGAGGCUUCAAUGAGCCACAGAAGGAGGAAUACUUCAGGAAGAGAAUCAGUGAUCAGAGUCUGGCCGACAGGAUCAUCUCACACCUGAAGUCAUCAAGGAGCCUCUACAUCAUGUGCCACAUCCCAGUCUUCUGCUGGAUCUCAGCCGCUGUUCUGGAGAAGAUGUUGAGUCGAGCAGAGAGUGGAGAGAUUCCCAAGACUCUCACUCAGAUGUACACACACUUCCUGAUCCUUCAGACCAACAUCAAACAUGAGAAGCACUAUGAGAAGAAGGUGACAGAUGAAGACAUGAUCCUCAAACUGGGGAAAGUGGCUUUUCAGCAGCUUGUGAAAGGAAACCUGAUCUUCUAUGAGGAAGACCUGAGAGAGUGUGGCAUUGAUGUGACAGAAGCAUCAGUGUACUCAGGAUUGUGCACUCAGAUCUUCAGAGAGGAGUUGGGCUUGUAUCAGGGGAAAGUCUUCUGCUUUGUUCAUCUGACUGUUCAGGAACAUCUAGCAGCUCUAUAUGUGCACCUCUCCUGGACAACCAACAACAGAAAUGUGUUUGAGCCCAUCACCAAACAAAAAUUAUGGUCCAAAGUGGAGGCCCGGAUUCAACUCAGUUCAUCAGAACAUGUUUCAUUAUCUGAGCUGCAUCAGAGAGCCGUAGAUGAGGCUCUUCAGAGUAAAAAUGGACAUCUGGAUCUUUUCCUGCGGUUCCUUCUGGGUUUGUCAGUGGAGUCUCAUCAGAUUCUCCUACAACAAAUAAUGACACUGAAAAGAAGCAGCUCUGACAGCAAUGAGGAAAUAGCAGAGUAUAUAAAGAUGAAGAUCAGGACCAUUAUCUCUCCAGAGAAAUCCAUCAAUCUGUUCCACUGUCUGAAUGAACUGGGUGAUCCUUCACUAGUGAAGGAAAUACAAUAUUAUUUGACAUCUGGAAUGAUAAAGGAAGUCAAACUCUCUUCAUCUCAGUGGUCUGCUGUAGUUUUUUUGUUGUUGACAUCAGAGAAAAAGCUGAAUGAUUUUGAUAUUAAUAAAUUUGUUUCUGGAAAUAAUAAAACCAACAAACUGAAAGUUCUUCAGAAGCUGCUGCCUGUGAUUAAAGAAUCCAGAUCAGUUCAGUUGAUUGAUUGUGGCGUCACAGAUGAAGGUUGUUCUGCUCUGACUUCAGCUCUGAGAUCAAACCCCUCACACCUGAGAGAACUGGAUCUGUCUGGAAAUAAAAUAAGAGAUUUGGGAGUGAAGCGUCUCUGUGCUGUACUGGAGGAUCCUCACUGUAAACUGGAGAAACUGUGGUUGAGUGAUUGUGACGUCACAGGUGAAGGUUGUUCUGCUCUGGCUUCAGCUCUGAGAUCAAACCCCUCACACCUGAGAGAACUGGAUCUGUCUAAGAAUAAAAUAAGAGAUUUGGGAGUGAAGCAUCUCUGUGCUGGACUGGAGGAUCCUCGCUGUAAACUGGAGAAACUGGGGUUGAUAAAGUGUGGCGUCACAGAUGAAGGUUGUUCUGCUCUGGCUUCAGCUCUGAGAUCAAACCCCUCACACCUGAGAGAACUGAAUCUGUCUGAGAAUAACAUAGGAGAUUCAAGCUUGACGUUCAUCUGUUCCGUACUGGAGGAUCACCGCUGUAAACUGGAGAAACUAGAGUAA